AUGGCACGUGGAGCUGGUGGUUUAUUAGAUGGUGGAUUUGUAUUUAAAUUAGGCAGAUUAUUUAAAACUCCAUAUGGUGGAGAAGGUGUUGAUUUUAUUGAUCAAUUAAAUUAUCAAUUUACUGGUGGACUAAUGGUUAUAUUUAUAGCAAUUAUCAGUUUUCGACAAUAUGUUGGUAAACCAAUUCAAUGUUGGGUACCACAAGAAUUUACUAAAUCAUGGGAAGAAUAUGCUGAAAAUUUAUGUUGGGUAUCAAACACAUAUUUUUUAUUACCUAAUGAAGAAAUACCAACAGAUCAAGUAGAUUAUGAAAAAGUUAAAUUUAUUGGUUAUUAUCAAUGGGUUGCAAUAGUUUUAGCUGGUCAAGCUAUGAUGUCAUGGGUUCCACAUUUAUUAUGGCGUGUUGGUUCAAGACGUUUACCAUUAUUAUUAAAAUCAGCAAGAGAAGCCGCUAUACCAGAUCGUGAAUUACGCUUAAAAGCGGUAUCAUGUUUAGUAGCUACAUUAGAAGAACAAGCUGAAUCUCAAUCAAGAUUUCGACGAAUUAAAUCAAUAUUAACUCGUUGUUUAUGUGGUGUUACACCAAAUGCACGUUUAACUAUGUUAUUUUUAUUUGUAAGAGCAUUAUUUGUAGCUAAUUCAGUUGGACAAAUUUAUUUAAUGAAACGUUUUACCGGUUUUAAUAGUACCGUAUUUGGAUUAAGAUUAUUACAAGAUUUAUCAGCUGGUGUUGAAUGGGAACGAACUGGACAUUUUCCCCGUGUUACAUAUUGUACUAUAAAAGUUCGUAAAAUGGGUCAAACUAAACCAGCAAGCUAUACCCUACAAUGUGUUUUGCCAAUUAAUAAUUUCACAGAGAAAAUCUACGUAUUUCUAUGGUUUUGGUUUGCAAUACUUGGUUUAUUAACUACAUUGAAUACAUUACAAUGGGCAUUAAAUACAAUAUUACCAUCACGUCGUGUACGAUAUAUUAAACAAUAUUUAAAAGCAUUAAGACUUAUAUCUAGUACAGAAGAACGUGAUUGUGCACGUUUUGUAAAUAAUAAUUUAGGCGCUGAUGGUGUAUUUAUACUUCAUGUUGUUUCAAAAAUAGCUAGUGAUCUUAUUGCAUUAGAUGUAACAGCAACAUUAUGGAAAAAUUAUCGACAAGCUAAAAUUACAGGAACAGAAGAAGAUGUUAAUCGAUUACUUGAAACAGUGAAUCGUGGUUCUUCUGUUGUCUGA